AUGAGUAAUCAUAAAAGAAAUCUAGUAAACAAGAAACAAUACGAAGAAGUAUUUGCACCUUAUGACGAAUCAGACCAAGAUUCAGAUGAAUCCUAUGAAGAUUCAGAUGAGUCAUAUGAAGAUUCAGAUGAAUCAUAUGAAGACCAAGUGGAUGAAGUCUCUCAAAAAAUUAAUAAAAUAAAAAUUGGAAAUCCUACUUAUUAUACUCCCAAUAAGACAAUUACAAAUUGGUAUGACUCUAAGAAUAAACCAACCAACAUUCAUGAGCUCAUCAGAGAAUAUCUAAAAGAUAAUAUCAGCAAUGGAGUCGAACAUUUCAAUGUGAUUUUAAUUCGAACAUCCAAUACAGAUAAAAAUGGUGCAACAAACAAAAGGAUCCAAAAGUUCCUCAGACAAUUCGGAUUUGUUUCUACUUCAUCUUUUUCAACUGGUACAUCUUUCAUUGCACCUUCUACUAGGGAUUUUCCAAAAGCAAUGCCCGAUGAAAUGAAAAAAAUUUCAGAUGAGUUUCAUUCUGAUAUUUCUGAAAAUCAUGAUGUUCACAUUACAUGA